AUGCCACAGACUGAGCUAUACCUCUUCGACAAGGACUGUCUAGUCCUCCCACCUACCCUAAAACAAUCACUCCCUUCAGAUAUCGUCCAGGCUUUCAACAACGCCCGUUGGGCCGCCUCCCACGCCCUGCAGUACAUCAAAGUCGUCGAGCGAAACUACAACAAGCGGUUCAACGCCAUGUGCCCCCUCAACAACCCCGAACUAGCUCUGAACCACAUUGGCUCCGUCUCGCGUCUAUUGGGCCGUCGCAACCGCAACAAUACCAACUUCGCCAACUUCGACCCGACCCUAGCCCCCGCCGCCAAACUCGACCCUUCUACCAUAAAACUCACUGUCGACCAACGCACCUACGACGAGUAUGCGCAGAAGUACGUCGAGCUCCUCGAAGGGUUCCUCGAAAAUCCAUACAGACUCUGGCUGGAAGCAAAGGCAGACGUUGAAUCGCGCGUCGCCAAUGCCAACUUCGACGAAAUGCAAUACAGUUACUGGCAUCGUUUCUGGGACUUGACUUUUCUCGUCGAGAUGCAGAAAUGGGAGGGCCGUUUGCAGGGACUUAUUUUGCCGUCGUGGGAGGAAGUGAUGGAUGAUUUGCGGAUAAUUGUUCUGGAAUGCCCUAAACUGUAA